CUGGGAUAGAAUAUGAAUGAAGUCAUGUCACAUGUGUCAUAUUGAUAAAAACUAAGUGCUUACGCCUUACAAUACGUUAUUAAUAAAUCCUACUAUUAUUGCUAAUUAAAGAAAUGUAAAUUUAAUUCUUACUAAAAUACACCCUCGCCAUACAUCAACCAAAAUGUCGUCGUCGGCAGUUUACAUAUUGGAUGUAAAAGGAAAAGUUCUUAUUUCGAGAAAUUACCGUGGCGAUGUCGAUUUAGGUGUGAUCGAUAAAUUUAUGCCACUACUAAUGGAAAAGGAAGAAGAAGGCAUGCUGACACCACUGUUACAGACAAGUGAAUGUACGUUUGCUUAUAUAAAAACUAAUAACUUAUACAUUGUUUCAACAACUAAGAAAAAUGCAAAUAUUGCAUUAGUUUUUGUGUUUCUGUACAAAAUUGUUGAAGUAAUGACAGAAUACUUUAAAGAACUGGAAGAAGAGAGUAUCAGGGAUAAUUUUGUUGUCAUAUAUGAGCUAUUAGAUGAAUUAUUAGACUUUGGUUAUCCUCAAACAACUGAUAGUAAAAUACUACAAGAGUAUAUAACACAGGAAGGCCAUAAACUGGAGAUGCAACCUCGCAUUCCAAUGGCGGUUACUAAUGCUGUUUCAUGGAGGUCAGAAGGUAUCAAGUAUCGAAAAAAUGAAGUGUUUCUUGAUGUGAUAGAAUCUGUUAAUCUACUGGCAAAUGCAAAUGGAAAUGUUCUUAGAAGUGAGAUUGUUGGAGCUAUUAAAAUGAGGGUAUACUUGUCUGGAAUGCCAGAAUUGCGUCUUGGCCUCAAUGAUAAAGUUCUUUUCGAGAGCACUGGUAGAGGAAAAUCAAAAUCUGUUGAAUUAGAGGAUGUAAAGUUUCACCAGUGUGUAAGACUAUCACGUUUUGAAAAUGACAGAACUAUUUCAUUUAUCCCUCCAGAUGGUGAAUUUGAGUUAAUGUCUUAUAGGCUUAACACUCAUGUGAAGCCUUUAAUUUGGAUUGAGUCUGUAAUUGAACGACAUGCUCAUUCAAGAGUUGAGUAUAUGAUCAAAGCUAAAUCCCAGUUUAAAAGACGUUCAACUGCAAACAAUGUUGAAAUAAUCAUUCCUGUACCAGCUGAUGCUGAUUCUCCUAAAUUCAAAACAACAAUUGGUAGUGUAAAGUAUACACCUGAACAGAAUGCUAUUACUUGGUCUAUAAAAUCCUUCCCAGGUGGCAAAGAAUAUUUAAUGAGAGCUCAUUUUGGUCUACCUUCUGUUGAAUGUGAAGAAACUGAUGGUAAACCUCCAAUUCAAGUUAAAUUUGAAAUUCCUUAUUUUACAACAUCUGGUAUUCAGGUAAGAUACUUAAAAAUUAUUGAGAAGAGUGGAUAUCAGGCUCUACCAUGGGUAAGGUACAUCACCCAAAAUGGAGAUUAUCAGCUUAGAACUAAUUAACAAGUUACAUUCCUUCUAUGUUUUAUACUUAUGCACUAAACAAUAUUUAAGAUUAUUAUGCAGUUAUAAUUUAAUUUCAAGUAUUAUAUUGUAAAAGUUUUUUGACACAAUAAAUUGUUUAA